AUGGUGGUAGAUGAUGAUGUCCAUAACUAUGACACCCUCUUUGGCUUGAUGGCUAAGUCACACGAUGCGGAAGACGACAAGGUAACUCUCUUGGAUAUCAAAAAUAACCUCAAAAAUUAUUCUCUUGCUACUAUGCUUGUAGAUACUGUUAAUGAACUCACUAAAGAUAACGAGUGUCUAAACAAAAAUAUUGACAAAUGUGAAGAAGAAGUGGUUGAAUUAACUGUGCAAGUGACUGAACUUCAACAAACUGGGAAGUUACUCUCCCUUGAAAAUGAUCUUUUAAAUGAAAAAGCAAAAAGACAUGUUCCCCCCCUAAAGUUGUCACCAAAACCCACUUUAGCCAUUAAACUUAAUCUGUAA